UUAAAAUUAAAAAUACUAUGGCGAUUGGCGAGAUUGAAGUGAUUUUCACUGGAAAUUUUUAGAUUAUAUAUCAUAAAUCAUAAUAAAAUUAUUAUUUAGUUCAUGCGAACAUUGCGAUGUUAUCAAUUCUAAGAAGGGUAGUGUACACACUGAGAUAUACUUAAUAGAAAAGCGUUCGGACCGAAAAUAUUUAAGAGAAAAUGACAUUAAUAGAAGGUGUUGGUGAUGAAGUCCUACAAUUUGCGAUAAUUUUGCUUGUUGUGAUUAUUACAUCAAUAGCUUGGUGGUCAACCAACUCAAGACAGGACAGAUAUCAGUCAAUGCCAUUAAUGAGGUCUAGACCUAUACAUCCGGUUGCAGUGAGUGUAAGAACGAGAAGCACUAUAACACCUAAUAUGCAAAUUGUUCAUUCUGCACAGUCUGCAGCAAUAGAACCUGCAGCGAGGACAUCAGGUCAACUAUCCAGGGUAGGUAAUCGAGUGCUACCCAUCCAAGAAAUGGACAGCAUUGUGGAUGCAGAUAUGGCAAUGUUAGACAAUAACCGAUUACAUUUCUAUAGACUAGUGGAAGCCCCACAAUCAAAUCAGACGUCAACAGAAACAAGUAGCACAGAAACGGAAGCCCAACCUGAGGUGGAACCAGCAAGCGAGGAGCAAAUCAGGGAAAUGGACAGUAUUGUCAGUGCAAUGGAAGAAGAUGUUUCAGUUACCCAUGAAAGAAGUACAUCAGACGAUCCUACAAAUAAGACAGACAAUACACAAAGCAGUUCAAGCAAUAUAGAUGAUGAUCCUGCAAGUGCUUCAGUCGAAGAGACUACUUCAGAGAAUGCAAAUAAAAUAAUAAUUAAACUUAAGUAUCUAAAUGAUACAUCGAAAGUGGUGGAAGCAAGCCUUGACGAAUUGCUGAAGGAUUUUAAGUUGCGUAACUUUUCGGUGGAGUUGUCAUCGGCGCGACGUGUGCGGCUGGUGUUCAAGGGUCGCUUGCUGAGUGAUGACGGCGCCACGCUGAGGGCGUGCGGGCUACACCACCACGCCGUGGUCCACUGCCUCGUGCAUCGAGCACGUCCCCCCGCGACCGGCGCCCCGCAGAGCCCGCAGCAACAACAAAACGUCCAAGAGCCAAUAGGCUUCACCCACGAGCUGAUCAAUGAAGGUCUGCAGCCGGAACGCUCCUGGGACCUGGAGAACAUCCUGAUGACUCUAGUUAGUUUCGCGCUCACCGUCGUCUGGUUCUUCAGGUGCGAAUACUCCAACAUGUUCACGGCGAGCGCCAGUGUUGCCCUCUUCGGUCUGACGGUAUUUUAUAGUGUUGCCAUUUUUGGCCUCUAUCUCUCGGACACAUUCCACUUCAACCGACGCCUGGCGCAACCAUUGCCCAACAAUUGAACAAAUUACUUUAUAAAUUUGACCGGUGAUGUCUUUGCUAAUUAGACCUUUAAAGUGAUCUAAGUACUACGUAGUAAAUAUAUAACGGUUGUUGGAAUUAUUAUAAAGGUGUCAAUCAAGGCUUUUCUAUUUUACCUUAUUUGAUGCAAAAUAGUCGCCAUUCAUGGUGUGCAGUGUCAUAGAGAAGUGAUAUUUCAAACAUCACGUAUAUGGAAUUGGCGCGUAUUUAAUUCUCAACUCUAUGAUUUAGUAAGAAAUUUUAUAAAAAAGAAUGUGUUCAGUUUAGCUUAACAAAAAAUUUACUACUAAGUAUAUUAUACUUUUCUUUCUUAUUGCUUAGUACCUACCUACUCAAAAUAAUAAUAUAAAUUACUAAUGAAAAAGUGAAAAAAAUCAAUUCUGUUGAAAGUUUAUUUCAGAUCUUGCUUUUUUAAUACAAGUUAAUGGUAUCUUUCCGUAUAAAUUAAUAAAGUAUAUAACAGAUUAAAAAGCUUGCUUAAAAGACGGUUCUUUUUUUAUGACUGUAGGUAUGUCAUAAGAUUUGGUCUUGUAAAUAAUGCCUUCUUGUAACUUAUUUCGAUUUGUGUAAGCUCCAAGAGUACCUACUGAGGAUAAUUUACAGUACUCACCGAGUCUUUAUGAUAAUGAAUAUGAUCUAUAAAAUGUUUUUCUCUCAUCUCAUAAUUAGAGUUCUCGUAUUUAUAGCUUAUAUUAUCACAUCUACAGUACUUUAUACAAUUAACUCUCAUCUAAUAAUUAUACAUUUACUAAAUUGUUUUAUUAUGUAUUAAGAGUUCAAGUUUAAAUUUAAUUUCACAUAUAUCACCUAUAAUACUUAUGAAUAAUCUGGGCGCCAAUACUUAUGAAUAAUCUGGCCGUUUGCAUUAAUAAACAAACUUAGAAUGGUCCCCCGUCAAUGUCAUCUGUCAAAUAUAUAUUAUGUCGAUAAGAGAUACACAGAAUUCUAACAGGUUGUGUUUUAUUUAUUUCUAAUAAUAAAAUAGUAUAUAUUGCAGCAUUAUGUUAUUGCACAUUGUAAUAUAAUAUGUUGCUAAAGUUGGUGGAGGUGAAAAUUAACUAAAAUAAUCGACGGCGUUUUACCUAGUCUGCAAGAAGCCUUCCAUUGGCAUUUCCUGACAGAUUAGUACGUACUUUAUUGUUUUUACUAAGGGAAAUCAAUGUAAAUUAACACUUUGUCUAAUCUCUAGACUAUUCACGUUAAGAUAACAGUCGUAGCUCGCUCGCUAUUAAUUUAUAAAUAUUUAAGGAAAAUUGCCCGUUUUUGAUCUGAUUUUUCUGUGGCUGCCCCCUAUAUUAAGAAAUAUCUUUAAGGGUUAGAGAGGAAAUGAACGCAAAGGCUAUCGACUACCUAAGUUUGAGUAGAAGCUAUGUUAUGUGCCUUUAUAAUAUCUCUAUUAUCAUCAUAUUGGGUGCAAUUAUUUGCUCAUACUUUUGAAUUUUACUGCCAUCUAGUGAGCAUUGUAAAAUUUAGAACGAAAUUUGUGAAAAAUAGCUUUAAAUUUAGAAAAAAAAAAUUGUUAGUCAUGGAUAUGUAUGAUGAAGUUCACAUGAUUUGUGCUUUGUAAUUGCACACUAAGAGGUCUGUAAUAUUAUAGCACUAUGUACUUUGUAAAUACUUUACUAAAUUUUUUUUUUUUAGAUUUGGAAUGUGGCAAUUUUGUCAUUCGCCAUUUUAGAUUUUUGUUGUUAAUAGCGGCAAUAGUAAUCCACAUUGUCAAAAUUUCAGCUGUCUAUGAGAUAUAGGCCGCUGGCAGAAAAGACGGAUGUACGAAAAGCGGUUUAAUGGCCGGUGAUAGUGCUAUGCGGUUGACCGGACCGGUUAAACCGCAUCAGUCAACCGCACACGGUUGGCUUGAAUGUGCAGCUUUCAGUCCUUCACGGUAUCCAGCUGCAAUGCUCGCGUCGGUAAAGUCAUCGCGAAAAUGGAUCCUUUUUCGUUUCAAUGUCAACCGCGUAGAAAGAAAUUUCAUGAACACCUUAUUGUGGCGAAAUUUCAUAUUCUAUUUUCGGACGUGAAGACCAAAAUAAAUUCUUUAAUUAUGCAAAAGUGUUUGAGUUUGAAACAUUGCAAUAUGUUGCAUUGCAAUAAACAGAUACAACAAAGAAGUCAAAUAAAAAUAUAAUAACUCUUAAACUAAACCGCGUUGCACUGCACGGCGUGCACGCAGCUCAUAGAAUCUAGAGCGCGACCGCGCUACGGUAGGCACAUUACGGACCAGCAGGCCAGCGCGACCGGAACGCAACCGUGACGCGGUUGGCCAUUCGAUCUGCAAGGCUUCAUACAUCGUCAUAGAUAAGCCAACCGCAUAGCACUAUCACUGGCCUUAGUAAUACGGUUGCCGUUGGGUACAAAACUCAAAAAUGAUUUUAUUUUUGAUCUUAUAUUGUAAUUCUAAAGAAUAGGUCAUUAAAGCAAUAAUUAUUUGAAUAUGUAAUGUGUUUGCAACAGAUCUUGCUGUAUACCAUUCUUUAAACACAUAAACGUCAACUUUAAAUUUAUAUCCUCCUCUGGUAUUCCAGGAGAAUUCCCGUCUGGGCAACAUAAGUUACUAUCACUGACCGUGAAUUAAGUGUUUGCAAUAGAAACUUAAAGCUACUAAGCAAGCAAAGAUGGUGAUCGAAUUUUGAGUUAGGAAACAUUGCAUCGCAUUAAUCUUGAUCAAAAUUAUUCUAAGUUGUCAGGUGGAGUUGUAGUCAACUGUUAAAUUAAAUUGCAACUUUUGUAUUAAGUAAUUCUCAUGGUAAUAACAAUGAUUAUAAAUUACAAUAACCUACAACAUAAAUUUUUAUACUAAUCAUCAUUUAGGUAUUGUUAUUUAUUUUGUAAGAUGCAAUUAAACAGUCAUGUAAAAUAAA